UAUCUUGCAGCGGAAGGGUUUGGAGACAGACACCGAACAUGGCGGCGCUCGGCAGCCGUGCAAAUCGCUCAGAAAACGGCGAAAAACAAAGCAAAUCUCCACUAGUAUCUCCCCUGAAAGUGAGGGAACUUCUCAACGAAGGGGUCGCUUCGGAAGACUACGUGUUAAAUUGUUCGCAGCAGGAUCCAAAUACACUGUCUCCAAAUGGCCUUGGGAAAGCUCCUUGUGAAGCAGCAAACAAAGAAGCAUUUUUCACCAGAGUGGAAUCCUACUCGUGUCUGAAAUGGGCUGGAAAGCCCCAUGCUCUCUCGCCGCUCAGAUGUGCGCGGUACGGCUGGAUCAAUGUAGACUGUGACAUGCUGAAGUGUUCUAGUUGCCAGGCUUUCCUCUGUGCAUCAAUCCAAGCAACCUUGGACUUCCAGAAAUAUGAAGGGCGGAUUUCGGAGUUGCUACAGCAGCUUCAAACACAACAUGAGAAAUUCUGUUCCUGGCCAGAUUUUCCAUGUCCAGAUCGCUUCUGGAUGGUUCCUGUAAAUGAGCCUACGGUAUUACUCAGUGCCUUUCUAGACCGUUACAAGAGUGCUUGCCUUCUAGAACAGCAGCUGCCUGCUAUGAAGCCGGGGCAGCUAAAAGCCAUGACCUUGACUGAAGAUGUAAUAAGUGUCCUCCUUCAGCUGAUUGAAGAUGAACAAGUGAAGCAGGGUGGUUCUCCUUCUAAGGCCUCAACAGAUCCAUGCUCUGUACAGGUGGCAGCAUGCAUCAUAGCUCUUUGUGGUUGGGCAGCCAGCCCGUCUCUCUACGCGAUGAAUCUGCCCAUCCUCACUUGUUCUUACUGCAUGAGAAAGGUAGGAAUGUGGAACUUCUAUCAAAUGGACACCGUUUCAGAGAGCGAAAACCCUCCGCAGUCUCCAACAUCUACUACCACCUUGACCCCAUCUCAAGGCACAAGUGGGGAAAAGGGGACGCCCCCCUCACCAUCCCAGUCCCCCACUCCAUGUCGCAUGAAGCUGCGUAGUCAAGACUCCACACGCUCUGAGCAGAUGGAGAGUACACCGUCCCAACUGGUCCACCGUGCCAGAAGCAGGGACUCGCCGAUCCCACAUGAGGAGCUUCCCAGCCCUCUGUCCAGGGGCAAGAGACCCAUGACCCGCAGCAGGGGCCAAGGAGAUAACCUGGCUCUGGAUGUGCCCUCCAGUCCACAGCGAAAGACAAAACGGCCACGUCUCUCCUCUGCCAGUGGCCCUGAAGGGCCCAUGCACCGAAAUGUGUUUGACCCAGUAGCCCAGCACAGAGACUGGUGUCCUUGGGUGAGUGUGGAAAGAGAGGAUGGCGGUGAAGACGGCUCUGUCUUUGUUGGCUGUGAGGCUGAGGUCCCUCAGCCAGGCUGGAAAGCAGCGCUUGCUCUGUUCUUAUCCAUGAAGAGAAGCCUCAGUCCAGUCGGGGCCAGUCCAUCUCAGGCUCCUCAUGACAAAUCUAAAAGGGUGUUUUCGAUAUUCCGACAGUGGCAGGUAUCUUCCCCAUCCCAGUAGGUUGUUUCAGAAGGUGGACUGGGAAACGCUGGUGAUUAUUUUAGUGGUACGCUGUCCUUUGUAACAGUGGCGGUGGCUUUCAGAUUGUUUCUUGAUCAAGUGAGUCUUGUUUACAGAAUUGGGUUUGGUUGGGAAAGGGAGAGUAAAUUCACAUGGAUCAAGCGGCCCGUGCUGAAACACCUUGGGAUGGAGGAGUGAAGCCCGAUAGAGUUCUUCUCAGAAAUUCCAUUUUAGCACACUGUUUUAAAUCUGGGCCUGUCCAGUCGGCAUCAGAACAUCAGAAGACUGGAGACUGACGCUUCCUACCUCGCAUGCACAGCCAGAUAGUCCUCACCACCUCCCUGGGUAUGAGACUUCAAAGGGUUUUUAGGGAAAAUUUUAUUUAAAUUUAGGGAAAGCUUUAGUGAAGCUUCAUGAACUACACUGGAAGACGUUAGUUGUAUCAAUGCUUUUCACAUAAUAGUUUAGCUGAGGAGAACCAGUGUUUUCAGGUUUGUGUGUGUUUUCUGCAAUGUCUAGGUAGGUAUAUUAUAUUUACUUCCAUAAAUGUGAAUGGGAUGAACAACAUUUUUAUCUCUCUCAUUUUUUAAAGACGUUUCUCACCUUUAUCAUCUUAUAGCCACAUGCCAGCUGAAAUGGAUGCCAUAAUUAGAAAAGAGUGCCAAUAUAAAUCAUUUUGAUUUUUGAUUCACUUUCUCUGGAAGUACUGCUUGUAGUGCAUCCAUGCAUGUUAGUCUUGUGCAUGUCUGCCUAAAUUUAAUAAACAUUUUCCUUUUGCUGGUUUUCACUA